AAAGCACAUGGUCCCAAUUCUAUGUUCUAUAAAGACGGCUAAAGAAGGAAAGAGCCAUUGGCUUUCUAUUUUCGUAAUGCUGUUCACAAAAGUGACUUGUUAGUCAAACUGAUAAACUCCUUGGCCAACAAGGAUCACGACCAGACAAAAUCCUUGCAACCCAAGCUUACGGUCCCAAUUCUAUGCUCUAUAAAGUCAUUUACGAACAGGUGAAAUAACCAACCCCAUUUAUCAUUCUCAUCAUUCAAUUCAGCCUACAACAUGAAGAGGGAGGCUCGCCAACAUGGUAUGGUUAGGACUUAUCCGGUCCUGCUAUCUCCAUGGAACCCGAAAUCCAAAUCACGCUCCAUUCAAAGACUCGAUUCACUCCCGUUUGCCGGAUUAUUUUCCAGUGUGUCAUCAAAACCCAGCAACCAUUCCAAGUUUACGGGAAAAUGUGGUAGGCCACAAUGUCUUGGGUGUCACCUGAAUCCGGUGAGUAAGUCCAAGGACAAGACCAAGGGUACUCGAAAGCUUAGGACAAGUAAUAUGGUGGUAAGUCCUAGGCUGAUUACUUGGCGGGUUGUGGAUCGGCGACCAGGUUUGAAGUUUUCUGGGUUUUCUGCUACGGGGAUUUUGGAACAUUUAUAUAGUGGUAUUGAACAAGAUGAGAUUGAUGAUCAUGUAAACGAUCAUGACGAUGACUAUGAUAAUGGUGGUACAUGUGCUCUUGUUGAUGGUGAUGAUAAUGAUUUCAUGGCAAAUUUUUGGUCUCUACAUGAGAAAGAGAUUGAAGAAUAUGUUGAUGAUGAAGACAAAAUUGAUAGUGAUGACAAUGAUUUUAUGGCAAUUUUUUGGUCUCUACAUGAGAAAGAGAUUGAAGAAUAUGUUGAUGAUGAAGACAAAAUUGAUAGUGAUGAUAAUGAUUUUAUGGCAAUUUUUUGGUCUCUACACGAGAAAGAGAUUGAAGAAUAUGUUGAUGAUGAAGAGAAAAUUGAUAGUAAUGAUAAUGAUGAUGAUGAUGAUGAUGCUAUGAGUAUUUGUGAUGUGGGAUUCAUGAUAGACCAAAAUGAGGAAGAUGAAGGCUGGUGUUUAUUGAGAGAGACGUGAUCGGGCUUGUUUGUAUUUUUUUUUUUUUCUUUUUUUGAAGUUCUUGAAUUAUUCAUGUAAUUAUGAGAAGUUUGGGUUUAAGUUUUGGUAACCUAAUUCUCUAUCAAGUAAUCUUUUUUAUAAAAAAAUUAAAAUUUUAAUUACCAAACAAGUAUUAUGCUUGCUCCAUAUCAUGUAUCAUGGCCCAACAAGUUUGAAAAUAUUUUAUUAAACAGUG